ACGGUUCCGUCCAGAGUGUAGAACGUCAACAGAGAGAGAGAGAGUGAGAGAAGAAGAAAACUGCGGCUGAGGCUGACUUGCGAGGAAGACGAUCCCUUCUCAAAGUCUCCUUCGCAAAUCCUUCGAAAUUCAUAUGUAAUGCCAUUGUUUUGUCUUCAUAAUCAUCAUCUUCUUCUUCUUCAAUCCUUUCUAAUUCUACUUCUAUUUCCCCCAAAUCAGAAUCCAUGGCUUCCCCUUCUCCCUUUUCCCUAACGCUCUGCGUUUUCUUUUCCGUUUUCAGCUUCCUUUCCCGUUCCUCUCUCGCUCUCGGAUCUUUUAGCUUCGAUAUCCACCACCGUUACUCCGACGUCGUCCGUGGAAUCCUCCCCGUCGAUGGCUUACCGGAGGAAGGGACUGUCGACUACUACACCGCCAUGGUCCGUAGGGAUAUUCUUCUUCAUGGUCGUCGACUUUCUGAAGAUCAGCCUCCUCUAACUUUCCUCCUCGGCAACGAAACUGUUCGAGUUAACCCGCUGGGAUUCCUGCAUUACGCUAAGGUUACAGUGGGAACGCCUAAGGUUUCGUAUUUAGUGGCGUUGGAUACUGGCAGCGAUUUGUUCUGGUUACCAUGUGAUUGUGUUAAUUGUGUUACAGAGUAUAAUACAUCCGAAGGGAGAGCAAGGUUUAAUAUCUACAGCCCCAGUAAUUCAUCAACUAGCAAGGAGGUCCCAUGUAGUAGUUCUUUGUGUCAACAUGCAAACCAAUGCUUUUCACCAAGUGACCCGUGCCCCUAUAAGGUUUCGUACCUUUCUGAUAACACCUCGUCUACUGGCUACUUGGUCGAGGAUAUAUUGCACUUAGCCACAAACGAUGGCCGAUCAAAACCCGUCAAUGCAAAUAUUACUCUGGGGUGUGGUCGGGACCAGAGUGGUGCAUUUUUAAGCACGGCAGCACCAAAUGGUUUAUUUGGGCUCGGAAUCGAGAGUGUUUCGGUUCCUAGCAUCUUGGCAAAUGAAGGACUCACUUCAAAUUCUUUUUCCUUAUGUUUUGGACCUCGUGGAAUGGGAAGAAUUGAAUUUGGAGAUAAAGGUAGUCCAGGUCAAAGUGAAACACCAUUCAACGUAGGACAUAGGCAUCCUACUUAUAACAUCAGCAUCACUCAGUUGAACGUGGGAGGAAACGUUUCCAAUCUUGAUUUUGCUGCAGUUUUCGAUUCUGGGACCUCGUUUACCUACUUGAACGAACCGGCCUAUUCGCUCAUUGCUGACAAAUUCGAUUCUAUGGUUGACGAAAAGCGGUAUAUGGGGAAUUUAGACAUCCCUUUUGAGAACUGCUAUGAACUGAGCCCAAAUCAAACCAAGUUCAGAUACCCUGUGAUGAAUCUGACAAUGGAAGGUGGUGCUCAUUUUUUCAUCAACCAUCCAAUAGUUGUGCUCGCCAGUGAAGCCACAUCAUGGUUUUAUUGUCUUGCCAUUUCUAGAAGUGACAACAUAAACAUCAUUGGACAAAACUUCAUGACUGGUUAUCACAUAGUUUUUGACCGUGAAAAGAUGGUUUUGGGAUGGAAGGAAUCAAACUGCACCGGUUAUGAGGAUGUUAAAACGAACAAUCUUCCCAUCCAUCCAUCGACUGCACCCACCGCGGCCCCUGCCCCGGGCACAACAAUCAAGCCAGAAGCCAACAGCCAGAUGAAUAACAGUUCUGAAACAUUAGACAAACCAAGAUCUGCAAAUAAUAGCAAAAAGCUUGGAAGCUCAGUCAUUCUCAGGUUGUUAAUGGCUGGUGUUCCAUUUUUGGGUUUUGUUUGAUCAUUAUAUUAUAUUCUUAUAUUGUUUAACAGUGAUAUAGUGUGAGUUUAUUUAUAGUUUGAUAGAUACUUUCAUGUAAAUGAAACUGUUUGCAAGUGGAAGUACAGAUAGAUGCUUUCAUAUAUAGAAGAAAUUCAUCUUUGAGUAUGAA